CACUUAAACAAUUAAAAUGCCCAAAAAGCUCUCUGUGUUGUGUCUUGGGUACAUGGACCUGAUUCAACAAUCCGGAACAUGAGUGCAGCUUACUUUUAAGCCUUACGUCAAGUGUGUCUCUACAGCAAUCCACCAUCUUUACCACACCGAGACUAAAGUCAAGCAAUCGUAUACCCUAAAAUGAAUUCAUCGAGCACGAGUUAUCCUGAACAGACCUUAUUUAGCCAUCCCUCCAAUGCCAUUUUCAGUAUCGUGUCUUGGGCCAUAAUGAUGGUUUUCGGAAUUCCGUUAACAUAUACCUUCGUCUUGUACGAAAAGUAUGGCCAAGACCUCCAAAGAACAGUGAUGAACCAAAUCCACUCAUUUGGUUUGCAAGGGAUGAUCGUGUUGUUCCUGCUGAAUUUUACUCCCAGGGCAUUUCUACCUCUUUGGGGUCCAUAUUCCGAGACCACGUGUUCCCUAUUGACUUUGGGCACGUUGUUCUUCAAUGUGAGUGGGGGUGUUGUGGUAUCGUCGUACACUUUUGUGAAAUGCUUGUUCACGUGCCAUUAUAAGAGAGUGGGCGUUCUGGAUGAGGACUUUGUGGGGGUGUUCGUCAAGGUGUUUUCCAUUGUCCUGGCCACGUACGUGGUAAUCAUCACGCAUCUCAGUUACGGAGCGUAUGACACGUGGUUUGCCAUAUGUGCUCAACGAUCUUUAGCGGAAAUUGAACGUCUGCCCAAAGUGUACCGCGGAAAUGUCCGUGUCGAGCUGUACAACGCCAUGGCAGUCAACUCGCUUAUAGGCUUCCUAACCUAUCGCAUCACCAAGGUCAAAAGGCGUUUAAACCGCCAAGUUGAGACCGCCAUGACCACUUCAAAGUAUCUUCCUCCCAAGCGUUCCUUUCCGAAUAUUGUGAAAUUUGGAUUCUUUAUUCUGAGUUUGGCAGUGACCACACUGAGCGGUGGACCCGCCAUUUAUCUCAUGUUAAUUGAAGAACUUCCCCCAUUCACUCAAUCCUUCAGCUUAUUUGUGUCCUUUUCGUUGGUGUCGCCUCAUUUUGUAAUGUUCUUGGUCGUUCCAAUAACGGGAAUCGCUUCCAAUGCUAAGUUGAGAGACUUUGUGCGCAAACUAUUGGCGGAAUUUGUCAGAUUCUGAUACCGUUUUCUUUUUGUACUUUCACGAACUGCACGCUCCAAGUUGAGCAAAGUUGUUCUGUUGAUAUUAAAAGUAGAUUCGACAGCGUCUGAUUUGAUGGGUCUUCACGUAUAUAAAUGGAUCAAUAUAACUCUCUUUCGCCUGGCGAUUCGUCUUGAUUUUUUUCUUGAUAAAUUUUCCUGUCCCGAUAGAAGUCAGCUGGUACAAACAAAACAAG